AGUAAAAGCGGCCCAAGCAUCAGCACCACUGAGCCUGAGCUGGCCAUCAGCAGAGCGCUCCGGAGCCGCGCAUCGACCUCACACACAGCUCCACGAUCACUAACGAGCUUCAGGUGUUCCACAUAGGCUGGGUGGUGGUGUUCUUUUUUUACGGAGGAAAGAAAGAAAGAAAGAACCCAGAGGCGCUUUUAUUUUUUCUUUCUCUUAGAAUCGGCGGAUCGUGAAGAGCGAGUGCUUCAGCUUCCGAGCGCACAGUGCGCGUCUGAGUGAGUGAGUGUGUGUGUGUGUGAGAGAGAGAGAGAGAGAGAGAGUGAUGAGCUGUGAAUAACGGAUCCAGGACGGUGUUUGGAGUGGCAAACUUUUCCCCAGCGACAGGGAUGCUCUGUGUCCAAACUCCAUGGCCUUCUGAAGGAACUUGAUAUUAGUUUUUGUUUUUUACCCGGAUCGGACUCUUCUCCUCCAUCUCUCUCUCUUUCUCUUUAUUUUCCUUCUCAUUCUUCUCGCUGUCUUUAUUUCCCACGUAGCCUUAUGUCAUCUUGUGUGAGUGUGAGUGUGUGUUGAGUGUGUGUCCACGUUUGGCCGAACAUGUGGUUUGGUGAUCUGCGCUGCGUAAAGACGGAACGGUGCCACGGUUUAACGUUGAUGUAUUAUAAAGUGCGCUGUGUGCGCUAAGUGAUUGUUUUGCUGAUGAAUAAUAACGAGGCUUCAUCCUCCGAUUUCGGCUGUUCUAUAAUCCAAGCACGGCUCACUGUCUUGCACUGCUUUCGAGCCCUAUAAUCUCACUCGAACUCUUUCCAUAGGCUACCGGAGCACUGUGCGCCUUUUUUUUUUUCCUUUUCUUUUUUAACACGCUUCAGCUAUAAACAUGACUUUAGUCGCUGAUGAUAAACUCUUUCCCGUCUGAUGAGCGACACGUUGAAGUAUGGACUCGUAAACUUCACAUAGGCAAAAAACCUUCAACACGGACGCUGUGGACGGCAAAAGAGAAAGAGAGAGAAACAAACCAAUACACUUCUGACACGUUUGGCACUUCUGACUGAGUGGAGAGAUCACGCACAGCCGCCCAGAUGCAGUUUCGACUCUUCUCCUUUGCUUUGAUCGUGUUGAACUGCAUGGACUACAGUCACUGCCAGACGCAGGCGCAUCGCUGGAGAAGGAACAAAAGAGCUAGCUAUGUUUACCCAAUCUGCAAAGGCUGCUCAGUGUGUUCGAAGGACAAUGGGUGUAUGACGUGUCAGCCCAAGCUCUUCCUUUUCCUGAGGAGGGAGAGGAUGAGGCAGUAUGGCGAGUGUCUCCACGUCUGCCCCUCUGGCUACUACGGCACCCGUGGGCCGGAGAUCAACAUGUGUUCAAGAUGUAGGAUAGACAACUGUGAGACCUGUUUCAGCAAAGAGCAUUGUACAAAGUGCAAGCCUGGUUUUUACUUGCACAAAACCCGCUGCUAUGAGAAGUGUCCAGAGGGCUUUGCUCCACUGGAUGACAGCAUGGAGUGUGGAGAGGGCUGUGAGGUGGGUCAGUGGAGCGAGUGGGGGACGUGCACCAGAAGAAACAAAACAUGUGGCUUCAAGUGGGGAUUGGAGACUCGCACACGGCAUAUUGUGAAGAAACCACCAAGGGACACGAUACCCUGCCCUACGAUUGCUGAGUCCAGGAGGUGCAAAAUGCCUAUGCGACACUGCAGGAAAGGGGGAUCGGGGAAGCACAAGCCUAAAGAUCAGAAGAAGAAGUCCAACAAGCAGAGGCUGCGCUUCCGGGCUCAGAACCACCACAGUGACCACCUGGCCUCAUUGAGGGCCAGCCAGUAAAGACUGAGAUUCCACAUGGAACGAAGAUCAGAAAGCUGCUACCCGCUGCUCAACACACACUUGUACACACACACACACACAAAUGCAGUUCCUCAUAGUCUCUUAAGCUGUACACACAUUCACACAUGCGCUGUGUAUUUGUACCUCCUGCUGCUUCCGUCGUGCCGGUGCCCCAACGCGUGACCCUUCUCGACAUCUUCGAGCCGUACAGCAACUGUUGGUACCCAGUCUGAGCUGGAAGAUGAGGAAAACAGAGCUGAACAAGGACUGAAGGAGUCAUGGACUUUAAGGUUGGAGGAUGAGCAACGAGCAAGCGAGAGAGAGAGAGAGAGAGAGAGAGAGAGAGGGCAGGAGGAGAAUAGAUAGAAGGAGGGGGAUAGAGAGUAUAAUGUCUUGAGAAGAAAGACACUUGUCUAUAUUUAUGUAAAAUGAUGUGAGCAUCAACGGACGCAGAGUGCGCCAGGUAAUGCCUUUUUGGUUGGCUCUGUACAUUUCUGAGAGUAAUCCAGUAUAAUGUGUAGUUGCAAAGUAUUUUAUUCUCGGCACAAGAUGUUUACGUCCAGACUGCUUUAUGCUCUAACUGUAUAUUGUGGAUAAUAAAAGUUUAGUUGUUCACCUAGCAUGGCCACAAGCUCAUGUGUACAUAGUUGGUGAGUUUAUCUAAUGAUAUUAUUAAAAUAAAACAUUACUGUAUUUUCAGUAUUGAGCUCCUUCACCAUUAAAUGUGUUAGUAAAAGGUUAUAAUACCAGCUACAGGUUUAAGAUUAAAAAAAAAAAAGAACAAAAAAUUAAUAAAUAAAUAAAACAUAGCCUUCACAUAGCUAUUACAUUUAUAUGGUAUAUAUUUGAUUUAUUUAUUGAUUUUGAUUUUGUACUUUUUUGUGUUUGGUGACAGUUUUUGUCUCUGUAUCUGUUCCUAUUCUGUGCUGAAAUAUUCUUUGAACACUUAUAACAAUACAGAUAUCUCCACCAGUGGAACCAGUUUCUGUCAGAUGUGUCUAAUAACUGUUCUUUAGAAGAACUUUCCAUGCUUUAAGCUUUAAACUGACCCAUAAUAGAGCAGCUGAAAUAUUAUAGGCAAUGGAAUGACCAUGUAUAUAUGAUGUUCUAUUAAAAAUGCAAUUCAUGCCA